AUAUUAAAUAAUUCAGAAUGUGCUCGAAUAUUAUUCUUUUUGCCAAUACCAUCAUUAAGUCAUCAUAUUUUCUAUCGACCAAUUAUAAAAGAAUUAUCUUUAAGAGGACAUCAAGUAACUUGUAUUACCACAGAUCCAAUCAAUAAUAAAACGCUAACAAAUUUAACAGAAAUUAAUAUUCAUGAUGUUGCUUAUCAAUCGGUAAAUAUUCCAAAACAAUUUUUACAACAACAAACCGAUCGAAUUAUAAUCGAUUUACAUAAUUUCGGUUUAAUGAUAUAUAAAUUAAUGGAUGCUGUUUUAAAUGAUACAAAAAUACAACAAUUAAUCCAUAAUGAAACAGAACAUUAUGAUUUGUUAAUUGUUGAAAUGUUACGAAAUGUGGCGGGCUAUGCAUUUAAGGAACGAUUUAAUUGCCCAAUGAUUGGUUUGGCAUCGUUAAAAAUGGGUGUAAAUGGUAUGGAUUGUGUGGGCAAUCCUCCUGAUCCAAAUAUUUAUCUAGAUUUUAAUCAUAAAGCCGGUCCAAAUUUAACAUUUUUUCAACGUUUGUAUAAUUUCUGGAAGCUAUGGGUUUUACGUUAUAUACAUUCAUAUGAAAUUCUGACAAUGCAAAAUCAAUUAGUAAAAAAAUAUUUUGGUCAAAACUAUUCAGAUUUAAGUGAUUUAGAAAAAUCAAUGGACUUAUUAUUAACAAAUUCAAAUCCAAUAUUUCAUAUGGCACAGCCUCAUGUACCAAAUUUUAUUGAAAUUGGUGGAUUACAUCAAAGAGUCCGACACUCUUUACCCCAAGACUUAAAAGAAUUUUUAGAUAACUCCAAACAAGGUGUAAUUUAUUUUAGUUUAGGUUCAAAUGUUAAAAGUGAAUCUUUGCCAAAAUCUAAACGGGAUGAGAUUUUAAAAGCUUUUGAAAAAUUACCAUAUAACAUUUUAUGGAAAUGGGAAAAUAGUACUUUGAUCGAUAAACCGAAAAAUGUGUACAUAAAACAAUGGUUACCGCAACAAGAUGUACUAGAUCAUCCAAAUGUAAAGGUAUUUGUAACGCAAGGUGGUAUACAAUCUGUGGAAGAAGCAAUUAGUAGUAAAGUACCAAUGAUUUGUAUUCCAUUUGCUGUUGAUCAAAUAUUUAAUGCUGAUCGAAUUGCGGAAUUAGGUAUAGGACGUAAAAUGUUAUUUGAUGACAUCACAACUGAUUUCAUGAUUGAAAUAAUCGUUGAUGUGGCACAAAAUAUAAGUUACAAAAAUAAUAUAAUAAAAGUGGCAAGUCAAAUUUGGGACCAAGUAACAAAGCCUUUGGAUCGUGCGGUUUGGUGGAUUGAGUAUGUGAUACGACAUGGUGGCGCUAAACAUUUACGUUGCCCAGCAACGGAUCUAUCAUGGUUUCAGUAUUAUUUGUUCGAUGUAGUUGGAUUCAUCCUAUUAAUAAUUAUUCUAUUAAUUAAUAAAGCUUCUGUUCGAAGACUAGUUUUGGAAAAAUCUGUGAAAACAUAUCUUGCAUCUACCGUUUUCCCAUAA